CUCAUUCACUCGAAAAAAAAACCCUAGAAGAGAGUCACAAAACCCCCCCGGCGGCGAAAAUGAAGUACAACCCACGCGUGACCUCAUCCCGGAGGAAGAACAGGAAGGCUCAUUUCACGGCGUCGUCAAGCGAGAGGCGUGUAAUAAUGAGCUCAGCUCUCUCCGCCGACCUCCGCCAGAAGUACAACGUCAGAUCCAUGCCGAUCCGCAAAGACGACGAGGUCCAGAUCGUUCGUGGUACCUACAAGGGACGUGAGGGAAAGGUUGUUCAGGUGUACCGUCGCAAAUGGGUGAUUCACAUCGAGAGGAUCACGAGGGAGAAGGUGAACGGAACCACCGUGAACGUAGGGAUUCAGCCGUCGAAGGUGGUGAUUACUAAGCUCCGUCUUGAUAAGGAUAGGAAAUCGCUUUUGGAGAGGAAGGCAAAGGGUCGUGCUGCUGCUGAUAAGGAGAAGGGUACCAAGUUCACUUCUGAGGAUGUUAUGCAGAACGUUGAUUAAGUGAUUAGAGCUUCUUUUUCACUGAAGAAAAAGGUUUCGUCUUUUAGUUAUUUUAUCAAUUGCUCUUUUAUCGUAAGUUUUGUUUUUCUGGAAUGUUUCUUUAUGGUCUUGGACAUGACAACGGAUUAUGUUUUGAUUUUGGAUAUCUGAAGUUUGGUUAUGGAGUUUUUGUCUCUUUUGCCUA